UGCACACCAACAUUACAGCUAAGUACAAAGGGGACCUACCACCUCCCUUCUCCGCCUGUUAUCAGCAGAAGCUUGUGAGCAAUCAAACGGAGAGAGGGACCGCCUAUUGCUGUAAACGUCCCUACCCUCAAAGAGGUCAAAGUCUGCACGAAACCAGGCAGAGUUAAGUCGACGCGAUUUCACUUCAACAGGAGUUUAUAUUUUUCAAGAAGAUGGCUCCACUGCUGAAAAGCAGCCUGUUUACUCUGCUGGCGUUCUUCCUAACGCUUGUUCCUGUGGGGGCCAAAGGAAAUGGGCCAGUGUUACACAGACAGAAGAGAGAAUGGAUCACAGCUCCCAGACAGCUACAGGAGAACCAUGAUUACACCGGAUUGGAGAGUAUCGCCAGAAUUCGCUCUGAUAAGGAGAACUAUACAAAGAUAGAGUAUUUUCUAAAGGGGCCUGGUGUUGACCAGCCCCCUAAAGGUGUAUUUGGCAUUAACCGUAACACUGGCUUUGUGCAAAUCUAUUCCAUACUGAACCGGGAGGAGAUCGCCUUCUAUCAUUUAAAAGGUAUGGCAAAAUUCUCCAACGGGACCUACGCUGAAAAAGAAAUUGACCUCAACAUUACUGUAAUGGAUGAGAAUGACUGCCCACCAGUCAUUAAAGUACAGCAAGUCGGAUAUGUCAAUGAAUCAAGUGCAGCAGGUACUGUUGUGAUGAAAGUGAUCGCUACUGAUGAUGAUCAAGAGGGCACGGCCAACUCCCACAUCUUCUACAGCAUUGUGGAGCAGAGUAACAAAGCUAGGAUGUUCUACAUCAACUCUCAGACUGGAGAGGUCAUGGUUCGACAGAACACUCUAGAUAGGGAGAAACAAGAUACAUAUAAGUUGACUAUAAAAGCAUCAGACUUGAAUGGACAACCGGGAGGGAAUACAGGAACCGGAGAAAUUGAGAUCAAAAUUCUGGACAUAAAUGACAAUAUUCCAACCCUGGAAAAAGAGUUGUAUGAAGGGAGUGUGGAGGAGAACACUAUCAAUGUGGAAGUGAUGAGGAUCAAAGCCAUUGACAUGGAUCUGAUUCACACUGACAACUGGCUGGCUGUCUUCCAAAUCAUUUCAGGGAAUGAGGCAGGCUAUUGCAAUAUCACUACUGAUUCCAAGACCAAUGAGGGAAUUAUCACAAUUCACAAGGCCUUGGACUAUGAGGAACUAAAGGUGCUCAACUUGGAAGUGGGUGUUUCCAACAAAGCACAGUACAAUUUUGGCAGUGGGUCUAUGACAGGGGCCAUAACCUCAAAAACCUACCCCAUUAAAAUCAAUGUGGUCAAUCAGAAGGAAGGCCCCCGUUUCCAACCGAGUGUCAAAGUGGUGACUGUCUCUGAGGACCACACUUCCAUCUCCCUCAAGAAAGUCAUCGCCACCUAUGCUGCUAUUGACAGUGACACGCUAACGACGGCCACCAACGUAAGGUAUGCCAAAAUCCUCGAUGAUGACAACUGGUUGAUUAUUGAUGAAAACACAGCAGAUAUCAAGCUGAAUAAACUGCCUGACAGAGAGUCCAAGUUUUUGGUCAAUGGAACAUAUUAUGCCAAAAUUAUAUGCAUAACCAAUGAUAUGCCCUCCAAAACUGCCACAGGGACCAUAGCCAUUCAGGUGGAGGACUUUAAUGAUCACUGUCCUAAACUGAUCACUACAGCUCAGACCAUGUGCCUCGAGGAUAAUGUCAUCUACGCCACAGCUGUGGACGAAGAUGAGUUCCCCAAUUCAGCACCAUUUGAGUACACUGUGAUUCAGGAGAGCAGCAAGGGGAAAUGGAAAGUGGAGCAUUUUAAUGAAACCACAGCCAUUCUGCGGGACCAAGCCGACUUGUGGCCAGGAACUUACAAAGUGGCAGUGGAGGUCAAAGACCAGCAGGGAAAGUCAUGUGCUGACGUUCAGAUGAUAGACAUAAUUGUUUGUACUUGCCAUGAAAACACUAAAACCUGUAUGUCGCGCAGUACAAAGACUGCAGGUUUUGGAUCUUCAGGUGUCCUGCUUCUGCUCCUGGGACUGCUGCUUCUGCUGUUGGUGCCCCUUCUGCUGCUGUUCUGCCUGUGUGGAGGUGCAGCAGCUAUUGGAGAUUUCAAGUCCAUUCCAUUUGAUACAAAACAACAGCUGAUCUCAUAUCAUACUGAGGGACAAGGAGAAGAUAAGGAUGUUCCUCUUCUACAUGCCCCAGUGGAAGUUGAUGGUGGCACAAUUAAUAUGAAGAACAUUAACACAUUAGGGGGAAAGAGGUACAUAAGAGAAAUGGCUGAAGUAGGUGGAGCAGCAGGUGGAGGAACAACCAUAUGUGGUGCCAUAAACACUGCAACCUUGACAGCUGAGGACAUGUAUCGGUACAACCAGUAUAACCACUCCAGUGGGCAAGCGGAGAUGGACUAUAUAGGUGCUGGGAUGAUGACAGGGCAAAGACAUAAUUUCUCCCAAUACAGAGCUGAGAUGUUUGAUGGGAUGGCUUUGUCUGGUCAGUUCCUGGGGGAGUAUUAUUCAAGCAAAUCCAACCAUGCUGCACAGCAGUCCCUGCAGAAGGACAGUUUGCUGGUCUAUGACUAUGAGGGUCAGGAGUCCAAGGCAAGUUCUGUAGGUUGCUGCAGCCUUCUUGAGAAUGAUGAUGACCUUGCAUUCCUCAAUGACCUUGGGCCUAAAUUCAAAACCUUGGCUGAGAUUUGUCAGGGGUCAACCUUGGUGACUGAGUCUGUGAAUGCAGGGGUUUCUAUUUCUCCACCCAGACCAGUGUCUCCUGUCAGGCCCUCCACCCACACACAUUUCCAUACACACACAGAAACAUUCAGGGACAGGGACCACGUCAACAUCAACACCCUCAACACCUCCAAUGUAGCGUCUGGCUCCUCCACCAUCGUCCAGGAGGAGCGAAUCACUAAGAGAGCCCAGGGUUCAGCCACCGUUCCCAAGGUACAUGUCCAGGACAAGAUUUUGAUUCCCAGUCAGACGCUGCUCAUACAGCAGCCUGCAAUGUACUAUGCUGCCACGCCCAUGUAUGUAGUCGAGCCCAAGCCCCAAGUGGUGUUUGUGCCAGGGGGCACCCAGCAGACAGUGGGUCAAGUAGGCCAAGUUGGGCUUAGUCAAGGGCUGGUGCAGAUUGGUGGCCUCCAAGGUUCUCAGGGUGUGGUCCUUGUAGAUAGGCAAGCAGGAAUGGGUGAAGCAACAAGACAGGUAGCACAAGGCCUUUCACAAGGAACUGUCUCCAGGUCCAGACAAGUGUUGUUGGUGGAGAAUGGGGCCUCAAGUGGAGAACAAGGUGCACGCUUAGCACAGGGCUUUGUUCAGACAGGACAUGGGUCUACAGAGCAGGGUUUGGAGGUCAGAGGUCAAGGUGUGCAGGUGAAAACUCAGAGUUUUUCACUGGAUUCAUGUGGUUCUACUGGGUCAAAUGAGGACUUUGCCUUGAAAGCCACACCCAAGUUGCAAGGGAGCCAGAGAGUGGUUGUGCAACAUAAGAAGGUCUCAGUCACAGAGAGAAAUAUUGAAUCUAGCACAAGAGCGUAAAGCAACCCCUCUGUUUAGCAUAUCCACUGUCACACUUGUUUUGAUAUAUACUGAAAUAUAUUUCAGUAUACUAAAAUAUACUACAGUAUUUUGAUACAUAUAUGUUCAUACAGAUAGACUGGUAAAACUGGCAAAAGGAUAGUUUAGUCAGGCUUGACCAAAAGUGCAAUGCUGUGUGCCCUCGUCAAGUGAUAACACUAAUGCUCACACAUGGUAUUGACUACAUGGCUAUCAUGGUCAUAAAAGGCAUUGGAUUUCCAUACAAAUACUGUUAAGGACAAUUACUCUGAUGUUUGUUAAUACCAAAAAGUGUGUUAAUUUCUUGUAUGCCACCUGCUAAAAUGAGGCUCUGUCAACAUUAGUUGAAAGUGUAUACUUUACGAUAUUAGUGUUAAGUACAGAAUUGGGACGAAGCAACAUAUUUUAAGAGGCAUUAUAUGACUUCUGUCGUUACAUCCCAGCAGAGGGAAAACCUUGGAAAAAAAAUUAAGUGUGAAUUCCCUCUUUCACAGGUCCCAAGAAUGUGAAAGAGGGACCAAAUGACAGCUCUAAAAGCACUGUAUUUAUUUCAGGUACAAAACUACCAUGGCUUCAGGGCGGGAACAGCCACAGUAAACAUAACUAAACCAGUCAGAUCUACAGUGUAUACAUACCUAGCAAACAAAAAUAACGAACCUCUGACCAUAUCUCCUAACCAAAGAGAAACUGGAAAAAGCAGAGUACAAACAAACAAAGGGCAGCUAUAAGUAAGUGUCAACUAGAUUAUUUACGACAUGAUGAUCCAGGUAUAUAUCAGCGAGUUCCCUUCCUAUUUCAGCUCCCAUCCUGCCAGGCUGGAGAAGGAAGGGAACCACUGGACUGGUUGCUGCUGGAGUUAUUGGAGGCUGCAAUUGGGAACCAAUCACGAGCAAGGACUCACCUGCAUAAUCAAAUUUGCCAUCCAAUCAUAACAAAUCCACACCCCAAUAAGAACAAGAGAAGAGAGAAACACAAAACAUAUAAUGCAUCAGUGCAAAAAAAGGGACUAAAUGCUCCCCAUAGCUGUCUAAUUUUACAACUUAUAGUCUUUAAACCAGUGAUGGAACUUAUGUGCUCCUAAAGUCUCACAAGGUUAUUAUAAUGGAUGAUGAAAUGGAAAGUGGAUAAUUAGUUUUAAAAGCCAAAUAUCUCAACACCUGGCAAAUAGUCAUGUCAUUGGUACAGAUCAAUACUCUUAUUAAACCCUUACAGUUUUACUAUGAUCAUUUUAUGCUUGGUGCAGUUGAAAUCUUACUUAUUGCUCUUCUAGAUUAGAAAAACACAGAACAUGGCUGCGAAAGUCCUAUAAUGACUAAUUAUACCGUACGUCGGUAGUCUUGAGAAGCACACAGUUAUUUUGAGAGUGACUAAAGCAGAUGUAGAACAAAGUUUCUGUAGCUACUAUAAUGCUGCAUUUAGGCUUUGAACACUACAUUUUAGUGCUCUGAGUACUGUAUUUUUUUAGUGUGGUGUGAUUAUAAAGAUGCUUGGGUUGCAUUUUAUAAUAUUUUAGCUUUAGCCAUGCCAUAAGCUUUUCUGCUGACCUUUAGAUUGUUGAACUUAAUUAUACUGUUAUCGGGAUGUGUUAUAUGGGUGGCCACUGCUUCCUUGGAAACUGCAUGGAACAUAGAUAAAUGCUGUUUGUACUGUAAAACUGAUGAAAGCACCCUCUGCAGAACAACCAAAGCCAAAGUGUUGAAUAAUUUAGUGCACCAAGAAGGGAUUAGACUGUUUUUAUUAGUACACUACAUAGUCAUUACAGACUGUAAACCAAAGAAGAGACUACUACACAAAAUCUCUAUUUUAUUGUUGCACUCUUUUUAUUAUUUCUACAGAAUAUGUGUGGCUUUCUAAAUUGUACUAUUAUAAUAACCCUUUUGUCAAAAGACUGAAGAAGUGCCAAGGCUGUAAAAAUAUUUGUACAAUAGCAUGAUGGCCCUAUUUUUACAAAUGUAUAUUGUGCUAUAAUUACCAGAUAGACUUUUAAUAUGUUGUUUUUAUUGUGUGUUUGGGUGUGUGUGUAAAGUUAAUAUAAUUUGGGUAUGUGGAUAGGCAGAAUAAUCAAGGAUGAGCUUGCCAAGCACUGAAAACAUUUGGUGGUAUGACACUGUUUGAUAUUGCUGUUGUUGCUAUUGUAUGUAUGUAUUUUCAUCUCUAGUUUUCUAAUAUGCUCUAUGAAUAUAGCAUAUAUUGCUUUGGAACAGAGCUGUACUAAAUCAGUAGUAUUGGACAUGAUAAUGAGAAUGUUUUCAUUUUUUUAAAGUUUUGCACCUCCUGUCAUAAUAAAGUCGAAUAGAGGAAAAAAAA